UGCUCGGUGGCUUACCUGCUCGGCGCAGUGCACCCUGGGAUCUGUAGUGCUGGCAUUCUGAGGGGCGCGGUGACGGCAGCCUAGCAAGGGCUUCCUGCCGCUCUCCUGAGGGUCUUCGCUCCACCACCGCGGGACUCUUUUCUGCUACUGCCGAACUGAGGCGGUCUUCGACGACGCAGCCAGCAGGAUGGCGCGACAGGGCAGUCGCGGAGGCGCCGAGAGCAAGAAAAUGAGCUCGGAGCUCUUCACACUGACAUACGGGGCUCUGGUCACUCAGCUGUGUAAAGACUACGAGAACGACGAAGACGUCAACAAACAGCUUGAUAAAAUGGGCUACAAUAUAGGCGUUCGACUUAUAGAAGACUUUCUGGCCCGAUCCAAUGUGGGCCGAUGCCAUGACUUCCGAGAAACUGCAGAUGUUAUUGCAAAGGUGGCAUUUAAAAUGUACUUGGGCAUCACCCCAAGUAUCACAAACUGGAGCCCGGCAGGUGACGAGUUCUCCCUCAUCCUUGAAAACAAUCCUCUGGUGGACUUUGUGGAGCUGCCGGAUAAUCACUCAUCUCUUAUUUAUUCUAACCUCUUGUGUGGAGUACUGCGGGGAGCCCUGGAAAUGGUUCAGAUGGCUGUUGAUGUCAAAUUUGUUCAGGACACAUUGAAAGGAGAUGGAGUCACAGAAAUAAGGAUGAAAUUUAUCAGGCGGAUUGAAGACAAUCUCCCUGCAGGAGAGGAGUGAAUCCAAGGACAGCCUCCCCGUUGAACUGGAGGAGAUGAAAGACCCCACCCAGGAUUUGUAGGCAUGUCAUGCCCUCUGUUAUGUUCUGAUGCCCAGUUUGGUUAAUUACAAUGAUCUACAUUAUUUCCUUAGGAAGCAACUGCUCGAAUGGUUCUGUUCUAUUUCCACAGAUUUGUAUCCAAGGCCUUCACAGCCUACAGAAUACUUUUCAUACUCCUCAGAGCAAAUUAGUGCCCAUUUCUAGCUUCUAUGUCUUGGUUCCAUGCAAAUAGGCAGGACUAUUAAAAUCUUAUAAUUUUGACCUUUGGCACCGAAGUUAGAUACCAGUUAAAAAAUACUACUCAUUUUGUGGUAGAAGAAACAUAUCAGUACAUUCUCUCCCCCCCUCCUUUCCUUCCUAUAGGUGUGUGAUCAGAACCCACAUAUAUCUGUGGGAAACAGGGACCCAUUUCUAAAUCUCAAGGAAUGCAGUCUAUAAUUUGAAAUAAGCUGGGGAGUCCUAGUGGAACAUAUUCAGUGUUGCUGCUUUCGUUGUGUUGUAGAGGAAAAAAAUUAUGAUUUACUUUUGGUAUAUCCUUUCUAUUCUCAACACUGAAACAAAAUACGUCCAUGCAAAAAAAGUUCUGGUGGCAUUCUUGGGAUGAAUGAUCUUUUUGUGGACUUUCUUCAGUGUUGAACAAAAUGGUGCUUGAAACACUUCCAUCUUCUCCAACCCUUCUUUUCUGGUCAACUAGAGAUCCCCAAGGAGAACUGGCAGCAGUGUGCUGUCUUAAUUUGCACUUUUGCUUUUUAAGUACUGUUGGAAGCAUUUUCCAAGGCAUAAUCCUCUGCGGAGAUAAGUUCAGGAGAAAGGGUUUUUUAAAAAACUUGGAACAGGCCUCAUUUGUAUAACUAAUUGACUAAAAAGUUAAACACAAACUUUCUUCUUGAAUGACCAGCCAGGCAGGGCUUCUGAAUGGUUGUAUUUGGCUUUUCGGUGGUGAAAAUCUUAUCUUGGUGUCUUUGUGGGGGUUGGUGGGAGUGGAGCAGCAGUUUGGAUGCCGGACUUCUCUUCCAAAAUGUUUUGGAAAGAAACUUGUGAUCUUAUUGAUCCUUGAGAGGCCGGAUGCUAAUGCUUGUGUACUGGGUAGGUGCAGGGAGCACUUAAGAUUUGCCUUGGACAGGGAAAAUCAAAAUGUUAAAAUGCGUUAGUGAAUGAAAUUGUGUACAUUUAAAGAGAUCAUUCUCUACAUCACGAGGUUCUAAAAUUCUCUUCAGGCAAGGUAAUAACUCUUAGGUUAAAAUAAGAAUGCCCACCUUCCUUGAAGAAGCACGAUGCUUGCAAUGAACCUGAUCCAUGUUUGGAGUCCCAAAAUAAGACUAGCAAAAGCUGACACUUGUAGAGUCCUCAGCACACAGAACUGAGUAUCAAAUUGUAAGAGAAAUUAAUCAGAAGAGCAUGAAGAAGGGACUGCAGGAUAUACACACAUACCUAUCAAGCGUAUUAUUGGAAGGCCCUUUACAUUGACUAUGCAGCAACUCCGUCUUGCCAUUGGUGGCUCAUAUUAAUUUGUGCGCUGUGGAAGAAUGAAGUGGCUUAUGUAGAAUGUGGUAGAAUGGGACAUGGACUCCUGUGUCAGUGGAAUAGUGAAGUGUUUUCUCAACAGCCUGAUAUCGCACGUUGAUGGUAGUUUCCUGCACCUUUCCCAUAGAGCUUUCCCACUUGAAUUUGGCCGAGAGGAGCAAAUUCUGCUCUUCUGACCUGAACUGGCUUUUGUCAGAUUCCAUGGCAUAGGUUACUGAAGAGAGAGUGAAAUAGGAAUUUUUUGAGAUAAAUAUAAAAUAUCACCAUCACCCUGUAAUAUUGAAAACCUGUAUCUGCUUGAUGAAAGCCCAGUAUUUCUGGUUUCUAAAGUCAUUCCUACAGCACCCCCCAAAAUAGCAUCCAGUGAUGUUUUGAAUCUUGUUUGAAAACAGUUGCAGUGAGCAAUAGCUGGCAGGUGAAUGGGUAAUGGGUGUAUAUAAUUGAAACAUUUUUGUUAUGUAAGGGGUUAUUCAUGCAUUUUCCAUUUGUAAAGCUUUUGAAGGCAACAUUUUAAAAAUAUUGCAUUAAA